AUGUUCACAAAUGAUGAUCUUAAUCGAUGCCCAUCAAUAUUCUACGGUUCAUUUGCAAAUCCGUUUUUCAUCGAAAGAAUUUUACUAAUGAUCUAUGCAAUUAUAUUCGUUGUCGGUGUGGUUGGAAACACCAUGACAAUCAUCAUCAUCAUAUGUAAUACGCAUUUACGAACGCCAACAAAUUUUUAUUUAUUAAAUUUGGCAAUCUCGGAUCUAAUGAUACUCAUGUGUAAUCUGCCGACUGAAAUGAUUGAGAUUCAUUAUCGACAAUGGCCAUUGCCAGUGAUAUUUUGUAAAUUACGAAGUAUAUGCGCAGAAUUUUUUACUUGUUCGUCAAUUUUAACAAUUCUCGCAUUUACAUGUGAACGGUACUUUGCUAUUGUACAGCCAAGCCAUUACCAUCGUCUCAGUCAUUUUCGUCGUGCUCAAAAAGUCAUACUAAUCAUUUUAUUCAUCUCACUUGUGUUCAGCGUUCCAUUCGGUUUUAUCUAUCAAAUCGAAACGACCAUUCACAAACUCUCGUCAAACUCUAUACCUAUUCCAGUUUCAUCGUUAGAAGAUCUAACAAAUCUACAGUUCAAUCAAACAAUCUUUUGCAAAUCUUGUGCGCAGAGGAAAAGCGUCACACACCUACUAUCCAUAAUUAUCAUUAUUACAUCGAUCUGUUUUUUCUAUUUGCCAAUGAUUAUCAUCGGAGCCAUUUACUUGUUCAUUGUUAAAGCUCUCCGGCUUGUAAAUAAAUGUGAAAAUAAUGCAACAACUCAAUUAAAUUCAAGUUUGUCAUCGUUAUUAAGUGCUUCGAAUAUCGGAAAGAAACAAACUUCAACAACAUCAUGCCACUCACUUGCCACUCAUAAGGAUUUGACGGAAAUUAAACAGCAAAAUAUGCACCUCGGAUCUUAUUCCUGGCUGAAAACACGUGCACGCUGUCAAGCACGGAAAGUUGUUGUGAAAACAUUAGUUGCAGUUGUUAUCGCGUUUUUUGUUUGUUAUGCUCCAUUGUAUGUUCAACGAUUACUUCUAGCCAUCAUGAAUUUGAAUUUAACCAGGAUAUUCGAAUCCGAUGUAUUUGCUAAUAUCAUUGCUUAUCUUUAUGUUAUAUCAGGCACAACUUAUUACUUCGGUUCCGUCGUCAAUCCUAUACUUUACAAUGUUGUGUCGAAUAAAUAUCGACGUGCAUUUCGGAAUUUGUUCUUCUGUCAAGUGACUUAUAAAUCGAAAACGACGAGCAAAGCACCGAAGACUUUGUUUCAAUUAAACCGUCCAAACAAGCGAACAGUUAAUUAUUUAGUGAAAAAGCCAGAAACAUUUCCUCAACUAUACGUUCAAAACCAUUAUCAACUACCCAUGAACGGAAUAAUCCCCAUGGUAAAACGUCCGGCGAUCCCCACAUCGAAAUCGAAUUCAUCAUCGAUGAGCUCACAAAAUCGAGAACAAUAUCCACUCUAUCUGCAACACUUUAAUGAAUCAUUAGCAAAGAAAUGUCAAGUAUAUCAAAAUAGCCGAGCUUCUCUUCGAAGGAAAUUACUUGCGCGAAAGAUGCUUGCCGACAACGAUCGAUAG